UGGAGUUUGAUUUUGACGUGCACAAGAUCUUCUUGGACCCCAUCACUAAGCUGGAUAGCAAUCUCACCCCUGUGCGCCGACCCGCUCAUCUCCAGUUCUGAAGCUCAAAGACAAAUCAUGGCAGUCAUAGAUGAAAUUGGAAAAGCAUCCGCAAAGGCCCAGCGACUGCCUGCCCCAAUAACUAGCGCCUCCCGUAUGCAGACAAAUCAGCAUCAGUUGUAUAUUCUGAAGGACUGCACAGCUAAAACAGCUGGUCGAGGAGUGGUGAUUGGUUUUCUGAAGGUGGGAUAUAAGAAGCUAUUUGUGCUGGACCACAAAGGCUCCCAUAUUGAAGCAGAACCACUGUGCAUUCUUGAUUUCUAUAUCCAUGAAUCUCUUCAGCGCCAUGGCUUUGGGAAAGAGGUUUUUAGCUUCAUGCUCCGAAUAGAGCAGGUAGAACCUCAACAUUUGGCCAUUGAUCGUCCUUCUGAUAAGUUUCUUUCAUUCCUGAGGAAACAUUACAAUCUUCGUUCCACUAUCCCACAGGUUAAUAAUUUUGUUAUUUUUGAAGGCUUCUUCAGAGAUCGGAAAGCUCCAGUGAAGAAGUUGCCCCCCAAGCGACCAGAGGGAGAGAUCAAACCAUAUUCGCUGUCUGACAGAGAGUUUCUGAAACACGACGAAGGCCUCCCUUGGCCUUUCAGCCAGUCACCGUCAUCCCUUAAUCGUGUUGGUAGCCUUGGUUCUUCCCCUACACGGGCCCGACCAUCUCCCAGAGAAGAGGAGUUUGUGAAGUCCCUUCGGGUCUGCAGACCUCACUCGCUACAAAGAGCAGCCAAUGGGGAACAGGAAGAAUCUUCCCAGAGGAGAAGGACCAGUGAUAUGAACCUCUCCCGUGGACUCAUGGCUCAGCGAAAUUGUUACAGCCGCUACAUCUCCACCUCUCCUCCUCUUCUCCGUAGAGCUCCCCCUGAAGGUAUGUGCAGAUGUUUUUAA